AUGGCUAGUUUCGAGAACAGCGAUGCAGAGGCAAGGAAUAAGAGUGCCAGCACAAGUCCGGCCGCCGAGGAUCCUCCCACCCCUCCGGUAGUGGAUGAAAUAUCCGUGGACGAAUGGGAAGCUAUUAAAAUUAUAGGCGAAGAGUUGAUCAACGAGAAGCUACACUAUACAUUAGAGUGGGAACUAACCGCCGUGCCGGAGGAGGAUUGUGGGAAUAUGAGUGAGUUGGUCGAGGAGUGGAAGAAGUCAAAGAUACGUCGACAGAAAGGUAGCAAGAGAACCGGGAGCCAGACCGCUCGGUUGGCACAGGAAGCUGGAGUUUCCAAAGAGGUUACAAAGCGUCAUGGAGGAAAGAAGAGCAACAACAAGGACUCUACAAAACGCCCCCGUGCGCGCCCCCGAAAUGGAUGA